AAGAAGAUGACACAAUGAAGCAUAUGACACACAUUAUUUCAAGUUGUUACUUUAACCCGAGUAGCUGCAGUAGAGUGUAGCACAUGAGCAUACUUGCAGUUUACCAUGGCUAACGCUGUCUGGUCAGAUAAAGUACUCCAGCUCCUCCACCGAAUGAAUAACUUUUAUUUGCCAGGUUCUUGUCGUGCCAAUUGUCUUCGUUUUGAGGUUGAUGGAAUCAAAGUUGGCUGGAUUGUGCCACACGUAGCCUCGCUGCUGGCGAGCUACGGAGAUGUGUUCAGACCGCCACUCGGGGGCGCGCUUUCACUGUGUAGCAGCCUGGACGCGUACGACAAAAGGUCCCAAGCAGUGGACGCUGUUCUGUCCAACCUGAGACGCGAUCCUUCACUGCGCUGCCUAAAAGGCUGGAGAAAUGAGAGGUUCAAUGUGAUGGACAAAUUCUCAGACCCUCCAGUGAUGUGGAUGGAAAGAGCAGCUACCAGCCUUUUUGGGGUGAAGCGCUAUGGAGUCCAUAUUAAUGGUUACAUUGUUAGUAACAGUGGCGAAGUCUUCAUGUGGCUAGCGCGGCGCUCCCCUACCAAGCAGACCUAUCCUGGACUACUAGACAACAUGGCAGCAGGUGGUCUGGCUGCUGGUGUGAGCAUCAAGCACACGCUAGUAAAAGAAUGUCAGGAAGAGGCAUGCAUCCCAGAAGCACUUGCAGAAAAGGCCCACCCUGUAUCCACAGUAAGCUACACCUAUGAAGACGGAGAGGGGGUGUUUUCAGAAAGUCAGUUUAUCUUUGAUUUGGAACUUCCUCCUGCCUUCAAGCCCAGAGUAGGGGAUGGAGAAGUGCAGGAAUUCUACCUUCUGCCUAUUGAAAAGGUGAAGGAACUACUGGCCACUGAAGAUUUCAAACCCAACUGUGCUAUGGUGGUCUUGGACUUUCUCAUUAGACAUUCUUUUAUUGAGCCUGACAGAGAACCCUUUUACCAGGAGUUUGUGUCCGGGCUCCAUCAAGCAUUAUAGAGUUACUUUUAAUCCAUUAUUUCAGGUGGACAGCAUUUGUAAUCAGCCGGCUAUUUCUAACUGGUUUGUUUCUUUUUACUCACUAAAAUAUGUCUACCAAGUUGUGUCUUGUUUUUCACUUUGCUAUUGUUUUACAUUUCUUUUUAACUAUGUUCAAUUGUCUUAUAUCUGCCUCACAGUUCUGAGGACCGGGGUUCAAAUCCCGGCCCCGUGUGGAGUUUGCAUGUUCUCGCCGUGCCUGCGUGGGUUAUCUCGAGGUUUACUCCCACAUCUGAAAAACAUGCAUGGUAGGUUGAUUGAAGAUUCUAAAUUGCCCAUAGGUGUGAGUGUGAAUGGUUGUUUUUUUAUUUGUGCCCUGCAAUUGGCUGGCAACCAGUUCAGGGUGUACCGUGCCUUUCGCCCAAAGAUAGGUGGGACAAAGCUGGUUGCAUUACAACUGGACUCUUCUGAUUAUAUACAGUAGACUGGAUGUUUUGGGACAACACGGUUGCCAUUUUGAGACCAGCUUAGCUCUGUCAAAUUUACAUGGUCAAAUGUCUGCUUGCCUUAUUUUUUAUUUAUUUUUUUCCCUCCACCAAAAAAACGAUGUGAAUUUAUCUUACUAAGCCUCAGACUGUGACAAACUGUCCAGGACUGUUGUUCCUAAAUCUUUAACAGAAAUGAGCAUAAGUUAAUGAUGAUGCCCAAUUGCAGCCCAGGAAGAAAUAAGCAUAGCUGUAUCAUAGCGGCAGUUUUAUCAGAGUGGUAAAAUAUUUUCUUUAAAGGAGCACUGAAAACAAUUAUAGAUGGGAAUAAUGGAUGACAUGACAGUUUACCUAUUAUUUUAAAGAUAUAAUCCACAACAAUUUUUGUUUAAAAAAAAAGUCAUUUUCACCAAAGCCACGACUAGAGAUGACACAAUGCUGAUUAAACUAUUCAGCUCCUCUAACAUCUUCCUGUAUUUAUCAGCAUCUUACUUUUUAUAUUUAGUAAAUGUAUUCAUUUUCUGCGCUGGCCCGGUUCAUGGCCCACUCCAAAUGACGGCAUGGAAAUUAAAUGUCCUUCAAAACAUAAAUACAAAUUUUGUAGAACAUAUAAGGGGCAUUACAUGCAUUGUCUACGUCAUAUUGAAGCGAUGGCUGUGUUCUUUUGUUGUAAUGCAGAAUUUGAGCUUAGUGGGGCGCCACAGGUUACAUAUAGAUUACAUUUCACAACUUUUUCAAAACGUUUUUUGUUUUGUGUAUUGUUUAUUUAAAACAAUGAGAUACUCUUGUAAACUCUAUGAAGUUAGUAAAGUGGACAUCUACAUUUGCUAAAUGCCCUCUUGCCACACUUAACAUCAUAAGACAUGAUUUGACGGACUGUAAACAAUUUUAUCUCACUGAUAAAGUAUUCACAACAGGGCUGUAUUUUUUAAUGAAUACUAGUAGGCCGGCACGGUGAAGGACUGGUUAGCACAUAUGCCUCACAGUUCUGGGGA